CAUGACAACGCCCUCUACCGCACCAGCGCCACUGGCAUCUCUCCUCCGCGUCUCCGCUGCCGCUGUUCCAGUGGCUCGACGACGUCCUAAGAGCCCCGCGGCUGCGGCGGCGGCACGGUGGGAGGGAGGUGGGGGCAGAAGGAGGUGCCGGGCGGCGGUGGUGGAGGAAGCCGGGGUGCUGCUGCCCAAGGAGGGGGAGGGGGAGGGGGAGGGGGAGGAGGCCCCGGACGCGGCGGCGGGGCGCUACGACUGGAGGGAGGAGUGGUACCCGCUGUACCUGGCCAAGGAGGUGCCCGACGACGCGGCGCUCCCGCUCACCGUCUUCGACCGCCAGCUCGUGCUCUGGCGCGACGCCCACGGCGUGCUCCGCUGCCACGAGGACCGGUGCCCUCACAGGUUAGCGAAGCUAUCGGAAGGGCAGAUCGUGGACGGCAAGCUGGAGUGCCUCUACCAUGGCUGGCAGUUCGACGGCGACGGCAAGUGCGUCAAGAUACCACAGCUGCCCGAGGGCGCCAAGAUCCCGCGCAGCGCGUGCGCGCGCAACUACGAGGUGCGCGACUCGCAGGGCGUGGUGUGGGUGUGGAUGUCGGACGCCAACCCUCCCGACGAAGGGAAGCUGCCGUGGUUCGAGCCGUACGCGCGGGCGGGGUUCACGGACCUGUCGACGGUGCACGAGCUCCCCUACGACCACUCCAUCCUGCUGGAGAACCUCAUGGACCCCGCGCACGUGCCCAUCUCCCACGACCGCACCGACUGGACGGCCAAGCGCGAGGACGCGCAGCCGCUCUUCUUCGACGUCACCGAGCGCACGCCCCGCGGCUUCGCGGGCUACUGGGGCCGCACCGGCACGCCGCACCUCCGCAACCUUCUGCGCUUCGAGGCCCCCUGCGUGCUCACCAACACGCUAGAGUUCGCCGACAAGGACGGCAGGGAGCAGUGCUUCUCCGCGCACUUCCUCUGCCGCCCCGCCGGGCAGGGCAAGUCCAUGCUCCUCGUGCGCUUCGGCUCCACCCUCAGGUCGCCGCUCGCCAAGGUGCUCCCGUCCUGGUACUUCCACCAGAACGCGUGCAAGGUGUUCGAGCAGGACAUGGGGUUCCUGUCGUCGCAGAACGAGGUGCUGCUCCGGGAGAAGCUGCCCACCAGGGAGCUCUACCUCAACCUCCGCUCCUCCGACACCUGGGUCGCCGAGUACAGGAAGUGGAUGGACAGGGCGGGCCACGGCAUGCCCUACUACUUCGGCCACAGCACCCUGUCGCCGCCGCCCGUGCCGGCCGUCGUGGAGCAGGCGCCCGCAGGGGCCGUCGCGGGGAUCUCGGCCUCGUUCCCGGCCAAGGGCGGCGUCGGCAUGGUGCACGCGCCCAACCCGACCAACAGGUACUUCCGCCACGUCGUGCACUGCAAGGGUUGCAGGGCAACCGUCAAAAAGUACACCUCGUUGAAGACCGUGUUCGCGGCCCUCGCGGCGGCGGCCCUAUCGGCCGCCAUCCUGGCGGCGACGAGACAGUGGAAGGCCGUCUUGGUGGCGGCGUCGGCCGUGCUAGCCGCCGCAUCCUAUGCGUGUGACGCGGUGCUUUCUUUGAUCACCACCAACUUCAUCAGGACACACAGGAGACUGUAAUUAAUGUGGUACUGGCCACUGUAUAUUUAGGUAAUGGCCGGCGGGGAACGUUCUGUACAUUUGUAUCACCGUAGCUGCUGGCCUGCGGCUGUUGUAUUUUGUAUAUUUGCAGUAACGUUUUGC